AUGGUGCUAACGUUUCAAACAACUUCCGAGAAGACAUUAUUAACUACAGAGUGGAAGACGUCUAGAAGGAAUUAUGACGACAUACUUGAAUAUAUUGGUGAAUUUGGGCCAUAUCAGAAACGAUGUUAUUAUCUACUGUGCCUUGUUGUGAUUUUACCAGCUUCCCAUGCGUUCGCCCAUGUGUUUUUAGCUGCAGAGACUGACUAUUGGUGCUAUGUGCCAGAGUUGGAUAAGUAUAAAGAUGAAUGCUGUCUAAACAACUCAAUGAUGUUCUGCCAAGAUUUGGUAAAGAACCUCAGUAUCCCAUUGGAAGAGAAUUCCAAUACAUGUGGUAGGCAUUUUGUAUACAGUCAUUGUGAACGUUAUGUAAACAAAACUAACACGAAUACAACUAUGAAAUGCAAUCAUGGUUGGGAAUAUGACCGAUCACAGUACAAGUCAACGAUAUUUCAGGAGUUUAACUUAGUAUGUGGUCGCUAUUACAUGGGUGCACUAUCCUCAUCUGCAUAUUCCUGUGGCAUGUUAAUUGGCUCGAUUGGAUUCGGGAGUCUUUCUGAUAAAAUUGGUCGCUUACCAACAUUGAUGAUAUCUGCAACAUUCAUGGCAGUCAGUGGUACAGCCUGCGCCUUCUCACCAAAUAUACACACCUACUCGUUUUUAAGGAUGUUCAUAGGCGCUUCCCAAAUGGGAAUUUUCAUUACGACCUUCGUAUUAGCAACCGAACUUGUUGGACCUUCAACGCGAGUGUUUGUCAGCACUGGAAUACAAUUUUACUUCGCUUUUGGGUAUAUGCUUUUAACUAUUCUGGCAUAUUUUAUCAAAUACUGGUGGAUACUGCAAUUGUGUAUAUCGUUACCGGCAGCGAUUUUCUUGUUGUACUGGUGGAUCAUUCCAGAAUCACCUAGAUGGCUGAUUUCAGUCGGGAAAUAUGAAAAGGCAGUGGAAAUUAUUGGAAAAUUUGUCAAGGUGGAUGAAGUUACUAUUCCUGAGAUGGCUGAACAUACGAGAUAUUUAAAGCAUAAAGAUGUUGGACGAUUCCUUGACCUUUUUCGACUACCGAACAUGAGAAAGAAAUGUCUCACGCUUUGCUACCUAUGGUUCACGUCAUUCUUAUUGUAUUAUGGCCUUUCGCUUAACACGUCCAGCCUGGGAGGGAAUGACUACGUGAAUGCGUUCAUGUCGGCAGCAGUGGAGAUACCAUCUACUGUAUUAUCACUAUUUCUUCCUGAAACACGCUUAGGACGUAGAUGGUCCCUAUCUUCAACAUUAUUAUUGGCGGGAGUAGCUCUCAUACUUACGUUGUUUACACCUGCUUGCAAAUUUCAAUGGAUUGGCACCAGCCUGACAAUAGUCGGAAAAUUUGCUGCUUCAACCGCCUGCAACAUUGUUUACAUAUUCUCUGCUGAAAUCUUCCCUACUCCAGUAAGAACAAUAGGAAUUGGCAUUUCUUCCAUGUCUGCCCGGAUUGCCUGUAUUCUAGUGCCACAAAUGAUAUUGAUCAAAAUAGUAUGGGAACCUUUACCAAUCAUCUUAUUUAGUGCAUCAUCUAUUUCGGCUGGAUUCCUUUCGUUAUUGUUACCAGAAACGCGUCACCACAAACUACCACAAACAUUGGAGGAAGGCGAAAUAUUUGGGAAGUGA